CCUUUCCCGGCCGGAGCCGCCCCCGAGGGGGCCAGGCCAGCGGCGGCGGGAGAGGGCGCCCGGCACCGGUCCGCAGCUCCCCGGGGCAGCGCAGCCCUGACACCGCCGCACCGCCCGGCCUCCCCGCGCUGCCCCAGCCAUGUCCUCCAGCUCCCCCCCGGGCGAGCAGAAGAGCCGGAGCCUGGGUCGGCUGUCGCUGCCCAGGAAAGGCAGUUUGACGCUCAGCAAGAAGCCCUCGGCGCUGGAGCUGGCCGAGAACACCCCCAACGCCCACUACGCCCCGCUCUCCGACGCCCAGGGCGGGCAGCCGCCGGCGGGCAGCGCCCCGCAGCCGGAGCGGCCGCAGCGCCUCAAGAACGAGGUGGUGCUGGUGAACGCCGACUGCCCGCGGCCCCCUGUCAGCCUCGACCCCCGGUUCUCCAUCUAUAGCCUCCGCAAGCCCCUGCUGAGCCGCAGCCACGUCCAGGGCAGGGUCUACAACUUCUUGGAGCGGCCCACGGGCUGGAAGUGCUUCGUGUACCACUUCACCGUCUUCCUUAUUGUGCUGAUAUGCCUUAUCUUCAGCGUGCUUUCUACAAUUGAACAGUAUGCAGCUCUUGCUACAGGGACGUUAUUUUGGAUGGAAAUUGUAUUAGUGGUAUUCUUUGGAACAGAAUACGUGGUUCGGUUAUGGUCAGCAGGAUGCCGCAGCAAAUAUGUUGGAGUAUGGGGAAGGCUUCGUUUUGCUAGGAAGCCUAUUUCAAUCAUUGAUUUAAUUGUAGUUGUUGCUUCCAUGAUAGUUCUUUGUGUGGGCUCUAAAGGUCAAGUCUUUGCAACCUCAGCUAUCAGGGGCAUCCGUUUUCUGCAGAUUUUACGAAUGCUGCAUGUUGACCGUCAGGGUGGUACGUGGAGGCUGUUGGGAUCAGUAGUGUUCAUACACAGACAAGAACUGAUAACUACACUCUACAUUGGAUUUCUGGGCCUGAUUUUUUCCUCGUAUUUUGUGUACCUGGCUGAAAAAGAUGCUGUAAAUGAUUCUGGAGAAACAGAGUUUGGCAGCUAUGCAGAUGCCCUGUGGUGGGGAGUAGUGACUGUUACAACUAUCGGCUAUGGAGAUAAAGUGCCUCAGACCUGGAUAGGAAAGACCAUUGCAUCUUGUUUUUCAGUAUUUGCAAUUUCAUUUUUUGCACUACCUGCGGGGAUUCUUGGUUCAGGCUUCGCCCUAAAGGUACAACAGAAACAAAGACAGAAGCAUUUCAACCGUCAAAUUCCAGCUGCUGCCUCUCUCAUACAGACUGCCUGGAGAUGCUAUGCAGCAGAAAACCCAGACUCUUCUACGUGGAAAAUAUACAUUCGAAGACCUGCCAGAAAUUAUCAUUUGCUGUCACCCAGCCCAAAACCAAAGAAAUCAGUGAUGGUUAAAAAGAAGAAAUUUAAGUUAGACAAGGACAAUGGGCCUGCUUCUCCAGAUAGGAUGUUAACUGUUCCACACAUCACUUAUGACCACGUGAUGGAGGACAGGAAACCUGAUUUCAGUUUUGAAGCUUACGAAAAUUCUGAUUGUCAGCGCUCCUGGCCAUCCUUUUCCACAGACCAGCAGUCUUCCAGCGUUCCUUCCUCUCCAGUGAAAAAAAGCCCGAUGUUUUUAGACGUGAACACAGGACCCUUCAUCAGGACCAGCAGCUUUGCCGAUGAGCUUGACCUGGAGGGUGAGACACUGUUGACCCCAAUAACUCACAUCUCACAGCUGCGAGAACACCACCGCGCUGCAAUUAAGGUGAUUCGUAGGAUGCAGUAUUUUGUGGCAAAGAAAAAGUUUCAGCAAGCCAGAAAGCCCUAUGAUGUCCGAGAUGUUAUUGAGCAGUAUUCUCAGGGUCACCUCAACCUGAUGGUGCGAAUCAAGGAGUUACAGAGGAGGUUGGACCAAUCCAUAGGGAAGCCAUCUCUUUUUAUCUCUGUCUCAGAAAAAAGCAAAGAUCGAGGGAAUAACACGAUUGGUGCCAGGCUGAACAGAGUAGAGGACAAGGCAGAAGACACCCCUUUGGCAGAACCAAGGAUGGGGGACCAUCAUCCCAUUGACAUCUCAUUUGCCAAUGUCAUCCUUUCCGAUCCAGCCCCAAGAAGCAUGAGCAGAGCAACGUACAGAAAUCCAGGCUGCUCCUUCUCUUGUUACACAGAUGGACCAGAAGCUGAACCUCAUUACAGACAUGCUGCAUCAUCUGAUUUCCCGUCAGCAAGGGGAUCAAGGGAACAACAGAUCACCUCAGAGAGGCCACAACGUCAAUUCGGAUCUUUUCCUCCCUAAUAAUACCCUGCCAACCUAUGAGCAACUCACAGUACCAAGAAGAAAUGAAGAUGAUAUCUCCUGAUGUAGUAUAAGUUUGGGUUGGGUUCUUCCCACCUUUGUCCUUUAAAUGAGACUGAAUGUUGAGAACUUGGAAGGAAUUGAGUUCAUCAGCCAUCCAAGAAAUCACGCAACCAUUGUAUCUAUACCACUAGUCUCAGAUAUGUUCUUCUAAAGCCGCUCAGAAUAGCCAAAGGAUUGCCAGGCUGCCUUCUACCAGGCAAAACUUACUGAAGUUGAUUUUGUUCAUGAACAAAUUAUCACAACUCGUUAUUUCUCAGAAAGACCAAAACAAUGUAAAGACAGGCAAAAUGGCAAGGAUUUAGAGCUCCUUCAAUAAUAAUAAUAGUAAUAAUAAUAUUCUAAUAAUACUUGAACUUGGAUAGAAAAAGCGCAUUCUGUUUAUGAAUCUGCAGAUAGCAAUAUAUUUCUAUUACUAAGGUUUUUAAAACAAAAUAGAAUAACUUAUGUUGGUUUUAUUGUAUAAAUAUACACUAACAUUCUAGAAAAUGACAAACCGCAUACUGAAUGAUUUUCUUUUUCUGUUUUAUUUUAACAUCGCUACAUAAACAGUUAUCAGAUAAUGACGAGGGAUUUAAAAUCUGUUUUUCUUCAGGGAGGAACUAAUCCUUAAUCUGGAACAAUACUAUUUAUAAUAGAAAGUGCUACAGAUUUUUUAAGAUAGCAGUUUUUCAUGGGGAGACAAUGAAGUAUUACAUAGGAAAAAAUAUUCUGCUUUCUAGAAAAUUGUUGCCAAAGAAUUUAUGUAUAAGUAGAAACACAGUGGUCUGAAUGUACUUGUCCUGAAACAGCUUUUUUAAAAAAGGGUGGCAAAGUACUUCUUAAAUCUACUGGGUUUUAACUGCAGUCGCCUAGAAUAGUGCAAGAGGCUGAAGUGACUGGACUUGCUGGUCAAGUGCUUGAGCUGGCCACUUACUGAGCAUCCAUAAUCCUCACAGGAAUCGAGGCCGCAGUUCAGGAAAGCAUCUCUCCUCCAAACAGCACAUACGACAAUUUGAACAGUUUAAUGCAGGGGUGUCAAACUCAUUUUCACCAGGGGCCACAUCAGCCUCACGGUUGUCUUCAAAGGGCCAAAUGUAAUUUUAGGAGUUUAUAAAUACAUACUUUAUACAUACCUACUACUACAUACAUGACAUUCAGCCCUUUGAAGGCAACCACGAGAGUGAUGUGGCCCCUGGUGAAAAUGAGUUUGACACCCAUGGUUUAAUGGAUAACAUCUUGAGAAAUUCAGCUACCUACAGGGGUCAUUUGGUAUUGAGAAGUGCCGGCUCUAAGAUAGAGGACUGAGGGCCUGAGCUACAGCUGUCGGAGCUGAGCCACAUUACCCCAUGUGACACUUGCGACAGAGCCAGCAGCGUCUGGCUCAGUGUGAUUUUUCACAUACAGAACAUGAGCAGGAUUUGGGCUUUGAUUACUAAGGUUGAAAUUCAGCCCUUGCAGAUAGUCAGCACCUGCAUCAUACCAGCCCUGCUGUGAACAUGGAACAUAGUGUCAGGGAAAGCUAUUUAGUCCAGCAUGGUGGUGGUGGUGGCAACCCAACACCGCUGGCAAAAGUGGGAGAUGUAGACGAAUGUAGACAGAUUUAUCAGCCCUUGCACUUUGAGCAUCACACCCACCCAGUGCACCCCAUUCCCCUCACUGCAGAGCCUGUACCCCACUGCGGACCCUUUCCCUCUCCUGGAAAACUGACGCCCUAAAGCCUCGUAACUUUGCACAGCAUUUAAUAUCACCAGUCUUUAACAUCUUUGAGCAGUCUGAAAUACUGAUGUGUAACGAAGUGAGAUCGCAGAGAACCUUCUCAGAGUGCUGCUCAUAUUCCAGGCGUUCUUUUCAACAUUGAAUCUUUUUCACUUGGCCUGCAGAGAAAAGUAUACUAUAUUCAACUCUACAGAUUACAUUACAAUUAUAAAUGUUAAGGAUGUAGAAAUUUACGGGCAUAAACAGGAAUUGUAUCUGACAUUAUGUUUUAUAGAAAUCAAAAUUAUUGUCAUGAUUUUGAACAUUUUUUAAAUGAGAUUCAGUAUGUAAUUUCAGGUUAUCAAACAGCCUGUUAAUUUCCUAAUAAAAUACAGGACAAGAGA